AUAAACAAACAACGGCGAUUCGUUGGCGUUUCACUAAAUUGCUAAUUAAAAGAAAAUUACAUUAUUUUAAUACGUAAUGACUGACAGACAAUCUGUUGGAGAAGCAACCAAGUCCGUGCAGACGUCAGCAGUUGUCAAAGAGGCGGGGAAACAGCAGAAAAUGUCGUCGCCAGAAAAUCUCAGCUUCGGCUCAGCUGAUCUCGGGGAAAUGCCGGGAAAGUCGGAAAAGCCGGCUGUUCAGCCCACCGCCUACAGCAUGCGACCUGCCUUUGGAGAGAUGUUUCCCCUCCCCACCAUCAAGAACAUAAUGAACAACGUGAUGGCCGAGAAACUCAAGGACAAAACCUACGAUAAAGAGGUAGCAAAGACGUGGACGAGCGAGAUUGCCGACGAGGUGAACCAGCAAAUUGCCAGCAGCUCUAAAGUGAAGCGCUACAAGCACGUCGUCCAGGUGGUGCUCGGACAGGAACUGGGUGCGGGGGCCACCUACGGCUCGCGUUGCUGCUGGGACUGCGACUGCGACACCACCGUAACUGAGGUCUUCCGCAACACCAGCCUCUUCUGCGUGUGCUCGGUGUUCGGAACCUACCAGUACUAGAAGGAGGAUAACUUAAAUAACUUAUUAGGCUAAGGAACACCUCACUUAAUUUAUUUUCAAGGGGCACCGGGAAACAAAGGGUUCAUCACUUUCGAUAUUCGACCUUCGUCGAGCUUCAUUGGAUGCGCACGUUCAGCGGAUUCAGAAUGCGGCCCGACAUAACAGCGACGUCCAGGUCGCGAUCCACGAUGAAAAACAGAAACGGAUGAUUCACGGAGAUCUGAAUGGGUUUUGUUUGGGAGCCAUAGUUGCCUGGAGAGCGAAAGGAAGUGUUUAUUGCACUUUGUCUCGUAUUGCAGAGGCUGCUGCAACUGUUGCAACACCAACAGGUGGGGCAAUCGCAAUGCGUUGCGGCUCAAUGCCUCCACAACACUCCAAUCAAUUCAGGUGUGCUGCAAUGCGAGACACUUACGCUUCAGCUGAUUGAUGGGAUGCGUACGGAUGGUGACGUCUAUGGAUUGCUCAAUGUGCCGCACGUAGACGCCCUUCUCAUCAGUCAUGGGUCGAAAAUCGGCGCGAUUCGGCUCGAAGACAUCACAUCUGCAAUGAAAGUAAGAGUGAGCCGGGAGCCGGGAGCUGCAGCAGUCACGCCCAUGCUUACAUUCCCAUCUGCAACAAAAAGCACACACCAAAGACACAGCUCAAUAAAAAUAAUCCAAAGCACA